AUGCCGGCCCAGCUAACUGGGCCAGUGGGCGCCAGCAUUCCAAUUCAUGUUGCCAGUGAGCAGGCAAACAACUAUCGCAAGCAACACAAGCACUCGCGCUCAUCUUACUCAGAAUCGUCCCCUCUGGCCAACUCGCGAAACAACUCGCUGACCUUGCGUCCUCCCAAGAGACACAUGUCGUCCCCCGACAAGACUAUUGCCGUCACCAACGCAAGUGGGCGUCAGGCUGCUUCCUUUAUCCGUGUUGCGACUGCCGUCGGCUACCGCGUUCGAGCCCAGUUGAGGAACCUUGAGGGUGUGGUUGCGACCGAAGUCUCGACGAAUCCAAACGUAACUGUCAUUGUCGGAGAGUUGUAUACCAGGCACCAGCCGACGGAAGAGAACAAAGAUGUCACGCAGAAUGGUCCCAUUUCUGGCGUGGGCGUCAAUCACGACCUGAUAUCGAAUCUCUUUCGCGGGGCCAAACUUGCCUUCAUAAACACCACGUUCUACGGCGAUGAAGUGCAAAUUGGCAAGGCUCUGGCCGACGCUGCCAACAAGGCUGGCGUCGAACACUACAUAUACUCCUCCAUGCCCGACCACGCCGCUUACAACAAAAACUGGCCAUCUCUGCCGCUCUGGGCGGCCAAGCACAAGGUGGAAGAGUACGUUCGGGAACUCGACCUCCCGGCCACCUUUGUCUACACUGGGAUAUACAACAAUAAUUUUACUUCGCUCCGUUAUCCCCUAUUUUGCAUGGACCUGCAAGAGGACGGGUCCUUUGUAUGGCAAGCACCGUUUCACGAGGACGCUAAGCUGCCCUGGCUAGACGCCGAGCAUGAUGUCGGUCCGGCGAUACUGCAGAUUUUCAAGGAUGGCGCAUCACAGUGGAAAAGCCAUCGUAUUGCCCUUGCCUACGAGUAUCUGUCCCCAAAAGAGGCAUGCAAACUCUUUGCCCGAGGAGUUGGCCACCCGGUGCACUAUGUUAGAGGCCCCAUCGAGAUCAAGGUGCGAAUCCCGGCGGGAUACCGAGAACAGCUGGAAGCCCUCGAGAAGCUAUUCAGGGUGGACGAAAAGGAUCCCAAAAAACAACCGCCCUAUUUUGGCGACAUGAAGCUGGAAAUCAGCUGCCCCACAGAAGCUCUCGAGCUGUGGGAAGGUCCCAGGGGCCUGGAAGAGUACGCACGGGAAAUGUUUCCUUUGGAAGAGGAAGCCAACGGAUUGACGUGGAUGCUGGACGACGACGACAUUGACCAAAGGUCGACGGCCGAUGAGAAGCUAAAUGCGGCAACUACGUCGGUCGAGCAGCUAAGAAUUCACGAUGAAGAUGAAGAAGACGAUUCAGAAGAUGAAGGCCUAGUGAUGAGGGGCCUGAAGAGAGACGAGGAACAAUGGCUAGCAUAG